ACACUAAACUUCCUAUAUUUUUAUAUCUUUAUUAAACCAUUUUAAUAUUUUCAAUAAUUUUGUGAUUUCACAUUACUUUAGUUAUAUUUUUAUUAAUAGCAGUUAAGAGACGUAUAUUAUUGUAUUGAAUCUUCUCGUUAAAUUUGAUUUGAUAUAAAAUUUAAACAAAACCCAUGAAAUUUAAUUUGAUCAAAUUCCAUAAUUUUUGCUCAUAAUUUUAUAAAAAAUUUUAUGAGUUUUCAAAAUGAGAUUAUUUCGUUCAUCUCGAGACAAAAGAUCAGCUAGUUCGGAUAAUGAUGAGUCCCGCUCAUCACGCAGUCGUCCUGAGGAUUCUCCUCAGAAAUCCCUGUUCCGGAGCAUGGGCCACAUGUUCUCAAGAUCUCCCACAAGGAAAAAUGAUCAUGCCCAGUAUAGGGCCGGAACCCCCUCAAGUACUGGCCGCUUGUCAGAUGACACUCCAGCAUCAGUAAAAUCAGAGCGCAGGGGCUGGUUUUCCCGGCUAAGUGACUCUAGCAGCAUGAGGUGUGAAAGCGUAACCUCAAAAUCAAUGGGUUCAAACUCUCCCAAAUCCUGCGGAGAAUCAUACUUAGUCGACAGCUCAGUGGGCUCGCUAUCUUUAUCACCCCUCUCUCUUAGAGGGUUUGAAGAUGAAGUCCAAGACCAUAUGGAACCGCAUCAACUAAGACCAUAUAACCCCCAAUGGGAUAAAUACAGAAAUGAAAGACCCUUCCGUUCCGACAGCAAAGACACAAUAAUGCUUAACGAUGAUAUAAUUGAGGUGGGUUACAGGUACCACACGGUUCCGUUCGCAUCAUCUUCUGAUGAAAGUGAUUUUGAGGUAAAGCACGCCAGUGGGAUCAACCUUUCACAAGCAACCUAUGACAAUAAUAUCUGGUUCUACGAUGAGGACUCAAACAAGGAGCAAAAACGAGUGGUAAAAGAACGUAAUUUCUUCAGCAUCAGGAACAAGCUGAAUAAUAUGCACAAGGCAUCACAAUCAAAAUCAUUUAAAUUAAUGGGUCAGAAGGGUCAGAAAAGCCCACCGCAAAGACUUGAAGACGCUAAACCCCAGGAGUCGCCUAAUCUAGAACCCUUUUCACCCAAGCCAAAGCCAUCAAUUACCUCAAGAGAACAUACAGUGAUCAAAUUAUCAAACCAAUCAGUUGAGGAAAAUGUAAUAUAUGAUGUUGACCCAGAAUAUAAUAAGAGUAUUGAGGAAGUAUUUUCAAUGCCUCUGCUGAGAGACACUCCUUCAGCGAACAGACCUGAGUUAUUUCAGAAGAAACUGAUCGCAUGCCAAACUGUGGUUGAUUUUGACCCUAAGAAACAAAUGCAGAAGGCCAUAGAGUUGAAACGCCAAGUGCUUCUCGAGAUUGUUGACUACAUUAGUACGACUAGAAAUUCAAUAAAUGAACGUAUUUUACAGGACGUCAUAGAUUUACUAUCCGCAAACGUGUUUAGAUCAUUACCUCAAAACCCUAAGAAAAGGAACAUUUAUGACUAUGAAGACGAUGAACCUACACUUGAAAAGAGCUGGCCUCACCUACAGAUAGUGUACGAUAUAUUCCUGAGAGUGAUUGUGUCAAACGAUGUUACGUCCAAAAUGGCAAGAAACGCAAUAGAUAAAACAUUUGUACUUAAGUUGUUGGCCACCCUGAACUCUGAGGAUCAGCGUGAACGUGACUACCUCAAGACGAUUCUGCACAGGAUUUACGGGAAGAUUGUACCCCUUCGUAACUUCAUCAGAAAGGCAAUUGAGAACGUGUUCAUCCACUUUGUUUACGACACAGAAGUCCACUACGGCAUAACUGAGCUCCUGGAGAUACUUGGAAGUAUUAUAAACGGGUUUGCAAUACCGCUGAAAGAAGAACAUAAACAUUAUUUGAGAAAAGCACUGGCUCCUCUACAUAAGCCUAACUCGCUAAGGACGUACCAUGCCGCACUGACAUAUUGCAUGAUACAGUACAUUAAUAAGGAUAGGACACUAUCAGCCACAAUACUCACAUGUAUACUAAACUACUGGCCAUCAACUAACACACAAAAGGAGAUUCUGUUUCUAAAUGAGCUUGAAGAGGUACUCUCCCUCACAGAGCUUCCAGAGUUUAACCUAGUGCUGAACCAGCUCCUAAAACGGCUCAAACUUUGCCUUUCCUGCACACACUUCCAAAUCGCAGAAAGAACACUCUACAUGUGGAAUAAUGAAAGGAUAAUGAGACUGUUUAACAUGUCUAAAGCAACAGUGUAUCCAGCACUGGUGCCGAUCCUCAACGAAAACUCAAAUACACACUGGAACUCCGUAGUUCGCACAUUGUCAUUCAAUAUAUGUAAAUUAUUAAACGAAACCGAUUCGCAACUAUAUCAAAAGUCAAUGGAAUCCAACCCUCUGGAUAUCUGUAGUGAUGAGCACUCCGGAUUAUGGGAUAAACUCGAAUCCUCAUUUAUGAAUAGAGGAAAUACAGACCAUUCCACACUUGUAAAUUAA